AUGUCUAAGGAAGAAGACGUUAAUACUAAUAUCACCCCGUUUCCUACGUCGCGUGCUGAGGGUUCUUCUUCAUUGUCCGCCGGUCAUUUAAGUCCGGGACAGUCUCCUAAUCAACAUCGCAGAAGAGGUUCUUCUGUGGGCCAUAUCAACUUAGGAGAUACCUCUUCACCAUCUUUUGCCACGAUGCCCACAUCAAAUCUUGGAAGACGUCAACUGGAUGCUCGUAUACUCAAGCUUUCCGAAACGGGAUCCUCCGACAUGGCCUUAGUAAACAAGAUGAUUGUUGCCUUUAGAGAACUCACCUACAGACACACAUGGGUUUAUCAAUUUAUAUUCCUUCUGGUGUGUAUUGGACUUUAUGUUAUUUCUGGCGAAGAUACUGAGAUUCAUCAUCAAUUGAAAAGAUGGAUUAUCCCUGCUUAUCACAUUGAAGGCACCGACCAAUAUGGGAAAGGUGGAGAUGAUUUCCGGUUUGUCUUCUUUUAUGCGGUGUUCUUUUUCUUCUUGAGAGAGUUUCUUAUGUGUAUUGUAUUGAGACCUUUGGCUUAUUCCCUCGGUAUUACUAAGGAAUCUAAGGUCAAACGUUUCAUGGAGCAAACAUAUUCCAUGUUUUAUUAUGGUAUAUCAGGACCAUUUGGGUUAUGGAUCAUGCGUAGAUUACCCUUAUGGUUUUUUGAAACCACUCCAUUCUAUACCAACUACCCUCACAAGACACACGACAUCUACUUCAAAGUUUAUUAUUUGGGUCAAGCAGCUUUCUGGGUUCAACAGGCAGUGGUUUUGAUCUUGCAGUUGGAAAAACCCAGAAAGGACUUCAAAGAGUUGGUUUUACACCAUAUCAUUACCAUUGCGUUGAUCUGGAACUCAUAUCGAUUCCAUUUCACUUGGAUGGGUCUUGCUGUAUACAUCACAAUGGAUGUAUCAGAUUUCUUUUUGGCUACAUCCAAGACUUUGAAUUAUUUAGAUUCAUCGUUAACUCCACCCUUCUUUAUUGUGUUUAUAUUUGUGUGGAUUUACUUGAGACAUUGGGUCAACUUGCGGAUCUUAUGGUCUGUAUUAACUGAAUUCAAAACUGUAGGAGAUUACACCUUGAAUUGGGACACACAACAAUACAAAUGUUAUAUUUCCCAACCCAUUGUUUUCUUCCUUAUUGCUGCUUUGCAAUUGGUCAAUGCAUACUGGUUAUUCCUUAUAUUCCGUAUCUUAUACAGAAUGGUUGUUGGAGGUGUGACUAAGGAUGAGAGAAGUGAUAGUGAGAGUGAGGAGGAACAAGGAAAUGAAAAGAAGAAGAAGAAGAAGAAGAACCAAUAA